AUGCUACCAACACCGGGUGCUGCGGCGGCUCCAGCAGCAGCAGCAGCAGCAGCUGCUGCAGCAGCAGCAGGUGGUGGUGGUGCCCAUUGGGCCUCAUCAUCAGGGGUCCCCCUUGGUCGUGUAUAUGGUUCUCGCAAUGUAUUAUAUGUAAGAAAUUUAUCUCCAUUGGUCACCGAGGAACACCUGAAAGCUAUAUUCUCCCACUGCUCUCAGCUGCUGCGUGUAGAGUUCAGAUCUCUCCCGGGUGCAGCAGGUGGGGGCCGUUACUGUGAGCUCGAGUUCGCCGACAGCGCGGGCAUCACGGCGGCUUCUCAGCUCAACGGCACGGAGUUGCUGGGUCUGCCCAUGCAGGUUUCUGUGCUUAACCCGGGGGGCCCCACAGCCACAGCCACGGCCCCGGGGGCCCCUGGGGCCCCCGGGGCCCCUGGGGCCCCAGGGGCACCAGGGGGCCCCGCUGAAAACCUUAUGAGACUUGUCACGCCGCUAGCAGCACCUCCUGUUGCUGCUACUCCUGUUGUGCUGCCCCCACCCGUACAGCCUAUUGGGGGUAUUGCAGCAGCAGCAGCUGCUGCUGCUGCUGCUGCUGGGGUUGCAGGGGGAGCUGCUCCACUGUUGGCUACACCUGCUGCUCUUGGUCUUGCUGCAGCAGCAAAUCCAGCUUUAGCUGCUGCUGCUGCUGCUGCUGCACUCCCUGGUACUGCUGCUGCUCUCCUUCCUGUUGCUGUUGGGGCCCCUGCCCCCGUAACGGCUGUUGAGAUUGCUAUGCAGAACCACCUAGCUAACCUUCAGGCAGUGCAGGCUGCAGCAGCUCAGGCGAAGCAGCUAGCAGCGCGUAAAAAAAGCGAGCUGGGUAUUGGUGUUGCUGUGACGGCUGUUGACGGCAGACUGCCGCCAGCACAAUCUCUCGUUUCGGGUGUAUUCGUUGCUGAGCCAGAAACUGAACAGCUUGAACUACGGUGUAUAUACACCUGA